AUGGCGCAAUGGAGACGCUUUGCUUUCUUUGACAAGGAGGUGCUCAAGGAUGCAAGUGGUCCAUGGAUGAAGGGCGUAGACAUCACCAGUAUGAGCGCCAAUCGGGGCCUCAUCUGUGUGGGAGACGCUGACGGCUUCGUCCACUUGGCCAAUCGCUCUCUGGAUCCCUGCAGGUUCCAGGCACACGAACUGUUUGUGUCACACGUUGUCAUGAUGAAGCGGAGUAACGUACUGGUUACGAUUGGUGAUGGUAUUGACCCGCGGUCGGAAGAGUUGCGAGAACAGUCUAAAGCCAUCGCAGAAGCAGGUCGUACGCCAAAUGCAGAAGAUAUGUACGCGGCCAAGCCAACGGAGAAAAGCACAGCAGUGGCGCGAUUUUGGCGCACAGAUCAGCAGGACAGAGAAGGCAAACCCAAGCUGCUACAGCAGAUCCCUAUUUUUGUGAAGAAAUACCCGGAAGAAGCUGUGACCGCGUUUGCAGUGAAUGAUGACUUGAGCCAGUUUGCGGUAGGAUUGAAGAACGGCGCUGUGAUUUUGUUCCGAAGCGACUUAAAACGACGUACUGAUCGUCCACCGAUUCUGGUGCAGCCUGCUGGGCAGUACCCUGUCACUGGAUUAUCAUUCGCCAGCAAACCAGUUACCGCCACAGUGGCGCAUAUAUUUUUGUAUGCGUCUACGCGACGUGGAUUAACGUGUUACCACUGUUCUCACGAUGAUCCUGCGCUGGUAAAGUGUGUCGGUGGUGCUGCAGCUCUUCCACCACGCAUGACUGUUUUGGACGAACGUGGUGUGGAUAUGAACUGCUCAUGUGUGAACGAGGAAGGAGAAAUCGCUGUCGGGCAGACUGAUGCCGUGUAUUUUUACACUACUGAAGACCGCUCGGUGUGUUUUGGUUUUGAAGGCGAGAAGAAGUAUCUGUGUUUCUUUAAGCACUAUCUGCUGGUCGCUCACGUAGACCCGCGCGGGCGGCAUCAGGUGAACGUGUACGAUCUGCAAAACAAGUUUAUCGCAUUUAACUGGACGCUUACCAGUACAAAUCCCAUGGGCUCUAAGCGCAAGCCGUCACUUGCAUCAAACGCUCGCACACCCGGUGCCCGUUUUGGGCUGGAUGAGAUGGAAGAAGUUCGUCAUGUGGUUUGCGAGUUCGGUGCGAUCUUUGUGGUAUCUUCAAUGGGGCAUGUGUACCGUCUGUGUGAGAAGGAUACGACUUCCAAGCUGGAAAUAUUGUUCCGCAAGAAUCUAUACUCGAUUGCUAUUUCCCUGGCCUUCAGCUCGAACUACGACGUUAACAGUAUCAUCGAUAUCUUUCGCAUGUACGGAGAUCACCUGUAUCAUAAGGGGGACUACGACGGGUCUUUGCGUCAAUAUGUUCGGACAAUUGGACACGUGGAACCAUCCUACGUGAUUCGUCGCUUCCUGGAUGCACAGCGCAUCCAUAAUCUUACGGCCUACCUUGAGGCUCUUCACGAGAAAGCGUUUGCGAAUGCAGAACACACGACACUUCUUCUGAACUGUUACACAAAGAUCAAGGAUGUGAAGAAGCUGGAUAAAUUCAUACAACUAGACGAGGUGAUCGAUGCCAAGAAGACAAAUGGCACAAAAAGUGAUAACGAUUCCGGUGAGUUGACAGCCAGGAACGGUAACGCGGCUGCUAAUCUGAAUUUCGACGUUGAGACUGCAAUUAGUGUACUUUGGGAAAAUUAUCCGCAGCAUGCGCUGACGCUGGCGAAGAAACAUGAAGAACACAGUUGGUACUUGAAGAUUCAGCUAGGCCACAUCAGUUAUGUUGAUUCGGAGGACUCGGCCGCGCUAUCUGAGAGCGAAAAAGAACGAGUGGCCGAUGCGCUUGAGUACAUUGAGCAUCUCAGCUUUUCGGAAGCUGACCCGAAUAUGCGAAAGUAUGGACGCACUCUGGUUACUCACAUGCCUGGACCUGCAACGGAGCUGCUGAAGCGUCUUUGCACGGGUAAGUUCGUUCCAGAGAACCCGUCGCUGAAAUCGGACCCGGGCGACUUUUUGCACUUGUUUGUAUCCCAUCGUACACAGCUCAAAGAAUUCUUGCAGUAUAUCGUUGAGGUGGAGACGGUGAGCAAUACAUCGAUCGGUAACACGCUGCUGGAAAUGGUCCUCAGUGACGAUGACGAGGGUGAAAAUUCUUCCCGCUCGGUUGAGGAGAAAGAAGAGGCAGUGCUUCGCAUUCUUGAUAACCCGCGCGUGAAGUAUGAUGAGGAUCACGCUCUAAUUCAUUUACAAAUGCGCAGCAUGAAGAAGGGUAAGCGCUAUCUGUACAACAAGCUGCACAUGUACCAUAUGCUAGUGCAAUUCCACAUCGAAGAGAAUGACGAUCAGAGCAUUGUGGAGGAGGUGCGCAAACACGGCGACAAGGAUCCGAAUCUGUGGUCAUUGGCAUUGAAGUACUUUGCAGAACGAGGGCCAUUGCCGAAGGGUGCUACAAGUGGUGAGGAGUGGAAGGAGCUGAAGCAGUUGCUUGUGCUAAUCGACACGAAUCCGGCAAUCCCACCUCUUCAAGUUGUGCAGGUGUUGAGCCAGUCACGUGAACUACCCGUAUCAGUAAUUAAGCAGUACGUGGUCAAUCAGCUGGCUAGUGACAAGAAGAAGAUCGAGGAAGAUGAAGAAAAGAUCAAGGCGUUCAAAGGCGACACGAAGCAAAUGAAGGAGGAGUUGUCGCAGCUGAGCAGUCGUGCUGUGGUGUUCCAGGCAACGAAGUGCGAUCUGUGCAAUCACGAUUUGGAUCUACCUGCGGUGCACUUUAUGUGCCAACAUAGCUUCCACCUCAACUGCAUUUCUGAGACGGAUCGAGAGUGUCUCACAUGCUCUAUGGACCAUCGCCACAUCUUGGGACUCAAAACGCAACUCGAGCAAAAGGCUGGCAACCACGAGCAAUUCUAUAAUCAGCUCGAGACUGCAGCGGAUGGUUUCCACACCAUUGCAGAGUACUUUGGCAAGGGCAUUUUCAAGAGUAACGAAGUCGUAUUGGACGAGGGCUCGUUUGAGACGCGCUUUAGCGCUGAGUUUUAG